CUUUCUUGAUGUGGCAUUUAAACGUGCAAAGCCAACGAUUCUUGCAAACACUUUCCUUCCCUACCUUCCCUACUGAUCAGUAGUCGUCGCGGACGUCGCAAAGGCCACAGACCAAGCAAAGAAAAUCAUUGAUUUGUCUUCAACGUUAGACUCCGCUGAUGUGGCUGUACUGAUCGUACUGAUUCCGGAUGGAUUUUGAUUGUACGUAAUGCCUACUGCAUUACCUAAUUUUUGGGGAUUUUGAUCAGGCCCAAAGUCAGAGGACGCGGGGGCGGGAGCGUCGGCAGCGGUCGGCAGGGAGUGUCAGUUCACGGUAACCAUUUAAACUUUACAAUCUGUAAACCCAACUGGAGUAAUUGGUGCGUAUUAUUUUGGUUGGAUACGGGAAGACGUGGCGGAGAAGAUUGGCCGUAACUAGGUAACAAAUAGAAGAAUUGAAGUAAACUAUAAUGAGUUGACAGGAUUGCCGAAGUCCCAGUGUUAACUCAUUGUAUACCGGAAAAGUACUUCAACUAAAUAUGGGUCUCUGUAAGUGUCCAAAGAGGAGGGUUACAAAUCAGUUUUGUUUUGAACAUCGUGUAAAUGUUUGUGAACAUUGUAUGGUGACAAAUCAUCCAAAGUGUAUAGUUCAGUCAUAUCUGCAGUGGCUCCAAGACAGUGACUAUAACCCCAUAUGUGAACUGUGCACGAAAGAACUGGCGACUGAAGACUGUGUGCGACUUAUUUGUUACCAUGUUUAUCACUGGGCAUGUUUGGAUCAGUUCGCCCGUCAGCUUCCUCCUACUACAGCCCCAGCAGGAUACAUGUGCCCAUCAUGUAAAGUGGGACUUUUCCCUGCUAGUAAUCUAGUGUCCCCAGUGGCUGAUGUGUUACGUGAGAAGUUGGCUGGAGUCAACUGGGCCCGCACUGGACUUGGUCUGCCAUUGUUGAAUGAAGACCAUGAACAAAAGCCAUCUGGGGAAAGCAGGAAACUGGUUACAGAUGAUGUUUCGCCUAUGGUCUCGAACCAUGUUGAGGAGCUAGGACCUUCAGCUGUGCCUCAUUCUGAUGUUUCUAAUCAAAGACAGAGCACACCCAAACGAACUGUGGCUCAGAGUAAUCCAGUUCCCAGUAGUAACGUAAUGGAUGGGAACCCUCACUCCGUGGUACACAUGGAGGACGCUGUGUCAGCAUUCAGCCGGACAGAAAGCUUCCCUGUAUCAGGACAACUUCCAAGGCGUGUAUUUGAGGCACUGGAUGAUCCCAAAGAUGUGUCAUUUGAUCAUGAUGAAAAUAAGUACAAGCGACGGUCAGCUACAGAAUGGUUUUCUCGAUGGUGGAAGUCAGUUUCUGGUCCAUCUUUGCACAGCCGUAAGAUUGGUGGUCACAUGUAUAGACGUUACUGGAUGGCAACUGUUCUCCUUGUUGUGGGCCUUUUGACUCUCAUCGUGAUAUUUUCAUGGUUGGGUCGUAUGUCCACUGCAGAUGACCCAAGCUUUGAUCCCCUGUAUAAUCCAAAUAUUCGAAUUGCUAAGCAGAAAGAAUGAAACCAUCUUUACAUUGCUUGUGAAAAUUCACAUCAGAGAACUUCGUGGUAAGAGGAAAAGAAGAAACAUGUGAAAAUGUUGUAUGACUUCGCCUAUCAGAAUAAAUCAUGUAGAAAAUUGAAAGUUUUCCAUUGUUUUGGCAAAUAUUGUGGUUGCCAUCUUCAGGGUUAGUGUCGAGAGAGGGUGGGAGUUGAAGACUUAUGUAGAUCCAUCCAGUAUUACUACAUCUUAUGUCAGAGUAUUCUUUUCAGUACUUUUUAAUAAGACACCCACAAUUUAUGAAUGUCCUUAAGGUGACUGUUCAAGUUCUAGAUCCAUAAGAAAGUAAAAUUAUGUUUUUAUAUAUUUUAAAUCUAAUAUCUGCACAAAGAUGGAUAGAUAACAGAUUCUGAUUUAAUGGUAGCAUACUCAAAAUUUAAUCUGCCAUUAGAAUAACUCUUCUAUAUUAAUCUGCCAUUAACUUCUUACCAAAUCUAAUCCUCAUAUGUUACCAUUCUUCCCAAAUAUUUGAAAUUGGCCAUAUUUUUAAAGGAUUUUUAGAUAUCUUUUAUGUUGCCUUUCCUUACUACAUUUAUGUUCUUGAUGAAUUAUCAUCAUGGCACAAAUCACAAGCUGUAUCUCAGCCUCCUGAUUUUCUUGGACCUAGCCAGUGGUGUAUUGUAAUGUGAAGAUGAGAGAGCAGUGUCAAGAAAGCAUCUUAUGUAAGACUAUUCUGAAUAGGAAAUGCAGCACACAGUUCCUUAUCCAUAUGGAUUUUACUGCUUUUGACUUCAGUACUUCAACUGGCCUAACUAGUUUCAUGGGUAUACAGAACUAAACGAGACUGUUUCAUCUCCGCUGAGUUAUAAUCUUUCUGAAAGUCUGUAAAAGGGCUAAAAUUUUAAAAUUAUUAAGAUCCAUAAAGAAAUGCAGUAUCAUUAAAAUUUAUUGAAACUGCAUUAAACAAGAAGAAAUUUAAUCAAAUAGUUGUACACUUAAAGACCUUCACUUGUUCUCAUGUUGUAAUCCAUCAAUUACUGCAUCCAGCAGGGAUGCAACAAUUAUUAUUAUUAUUGUUGUUAUUAUUAUUAUUAUUAUUAUAAAUCAGACCAUACUUGUUGCUGCCUUUUACAGGCAAUGUUUACUGCCACGAAAUAAUACAGAAGCUAAGCUCCUGACAAAUACAUGUAGUAUGAAGAGAAGGAUGUACUAAUCAUGAUCUAUUAUCUUGCAAGCACAAGAACAAGUAACUAUCUGCACAAUAAAAUCAUAAUAAUCCUAUGUAAGAUUAUGGCAAUAUAAUGCGAUGAUAGAGGGCUGCACAUGCUGGAUACAGGUAGUAAGGUAAGGUAAAGACAUGGGGGAGUGGAUGUAUACGUACUAAUUCUGAUGUUAGCUAGAGUUGCCGACAGUCAUCUCUCUAUUUUCAGUGGUCAGCAUUUUUAAUGAAAAAAUGUUUGUAAGAACUUUUUGAAACAUGGAUCUUGUAUUUUUCAAAUGACUGGAAUAAGAAAGACUAUGGACACCACAUGAUUUUUUACAAAUUAAUAUAAAGGUAACAGGUAAAGGUUAUCCCUUUGCUAAGCAGCCUCCGUAGUCUAGAGGUAACGUUCCCACCUCAUGAUUUGUGGUACGCGGGUUCUAAUACCCGGCGGAGG